AUGAGCUUGGCAGAAUAUACAGAUGAAAUUUCCCAAAUGAAUGAGGGAAUGGCACCAGAAUUCACUUCAGAAGCUUACGUUUUAACCUACUCCAAAUAUUUAAAGUCUAAUAGCGAAGCUAUCGUCGAGCCCAAUUUAAUUGUUAAAUAUAAAGGUCUCAAUCAACAAAGAGACGGUGGGCUUGAGGUUCAAAUUUUGGAUGGUGGCAAUAUUCCAUUUAAAAUUAUGCCUACAGAUGAAGUUUAUGCCAUCGAUGAUGUCGAUAAUAGCUAUUCUUAUGCACGAGAAUUUAAGGUUGUUUCAACUCGAAGCAUAACUUGUGACAAUGAUGGGGUAUACAUUUUUCAUGCAAUCGCGUUGCAUAGUACAACUCCAAAUCAAACAAGCAAAAGAAUUACAGUACAAGUUAAUGUGUUACUUAACGAAGAUAGCUUUCCGAAAAUGGUUAAUCGAUCACUGACCGUAGUUGCUAGAAAGGGACGCUCUAACCUGGAUAUUUUGAAGAUACCUGCAGAACCCAAAUCAUGCGGCUCUGAUAUAUGUAUAAUAAGCAACUAUGCCAUCGCAGAUAAAGCCUUUCGAAAUCUUUUUCAGGUUUCAAAUCAAGGCUAUUUAAGUAUCAUAGGAAAAUUGUCCGAGCGUAUUGGCAAGUACUCUUUCGAGGUCGUCGCUUAUGACUGCCGAGGUGUCAGUACAAUAAAUACCAAAACCGUAAUAACUGUCAUCAAUCAGUUUGCAACGGUACCGUCUAUAAAGUUCGCACGAACAGAAACAAUUUUUAAUCCCUGUCAAAGUCCGACAACCAUUGGUAAUAUUCGGGCUACUAACUUAAAAAACCAGAAUAUCCAUUCCGUUAAUAUAACAGUUGAUUUAUCGGUAGAUAAAAGGGGUGUUGAAGCAUGCUAUAGAGCAGCACAUAGCCAGAUUUUUGAAUAUCAUCGCUGUGUAGGAAAAAAAUUCUUUUACGAUUUAUUCGACGAUAGCAGACUUCCUGCUUGGUCUAAAGGCAAUAUCCUUAAAAUUCCAAAUUCCAUUUCAAAUGCGUAUCGUGCUGCUUAUACAAUGGACCAAAAGAGCGUUAUUGCUGUUCCUAAAGGUAUAAUUCAAGACGGAAUUGGUACUGAUAAUUAUACAUUUGCAUCACGAAUAAAGCUCAAUAGCAGUAAAAGAAUGCAGAUUCUAGUUACACUAAACCAAAGUCCAACAUCAGAUACCUUUAUUAAGUUAAAGAUCGUUGAUUCAAGAUUCCAGCUCGAUCUUGGCGAGAGUAAGACUAAAGCAAAAAUUACUACAAUUUAUUUCCCUAAUUUCAUCGUUCAAAGUAAUCUUUGGUAUCAGAUUCUAUUAGUUACAAAUGUAAAAUCGAGAUAUACAAAAAUGAUGGUAAAUGGUGAAACGUUACAUUCAAUGUACGCUUAUAUUAAUCGUCAUUACGAUAAAGUAGAUACCCCGUUUGCUGUAACUAUCGGCCAUAUGGAUGCUAGACAAUCAUUUCAAGGUAUUAUUGCUGAUGUCAGUAUAGCUUUUAAUAUUUUCCCAAAAUUUAAAAUGGAUUACUGCGUACCGCAGUGCAAAGAAGGCAUAUACAUUAAACUGAAUCAUGAAGAUCGGUCUAGGUUAUCAUUCUUACAUCCUGAUCGACAUAUUUUCACCUAUCCGGCAAUUAACAACAACAACGAUUUAGCUGCCAUUGUCCAAGGGAUUACAUAUUAUAAUCAAUUUUCCCAUCCGGAAUUUGGAAAUCGUAUUGUCGAUAUCCGAAUUGGAAUCAAUCACAAUCGUGAUAUCAUAUCUAUCAAGCAUGUAAUCAGAAUUGCUAAAAGUUUAGCCCUGGAACCAAAUAUAACUAUUACUGGUAAUGAUCACUUAAUCAUGAGAAUGGAUGAUAAAAAUAUUGCGCUAAUGAAGUAUUCUCGCAUAAAUUAUCAUCAUAUUUGCAAGCGUAGUCAUCUAGAUAAAGCUAUAAUUCAGUUAUUGCAUCGAAAUCAUCGGUGUGCCUUUAUUAAAAUUGAUAAAGUCCUUGCUACGAACGUUGGCUUGACUGUAUUAGAAGACAAAGGAAAUAUAAUUUUAAGUGGAGUAGCAUCAGUGAGCACUUAUCAACAAAUCCUAAAUACAUUAUACUAUUAUAACUAUUGUCCUCCUUCAGUUACUGAAAAUAUUGUAACUGCCCAAGUUUAUUCUAAUUCUCAAAGAUUCGCAAGUAAUUUAAAGUAUUACUUCAUACACAAAAAUUCAGGUGGAAAAGAAGGUAGUGAUAACCUAACGGAUUCAGAGGAUAAAGUUCAUUGGUUUAGUAUUAAGAAUAAAGAUUUGUGGGAGUCAAUUUACCCACCAGUGAUAGUUUUAAUUCUUAGCUCAUUGAUAAUUUUUAUCAUAAUUUUAAUUGCAAAUCGAUACAAUAAAGGAAAAAAUGAAAUAAAAAUGACGACACCUGUGCACAAAGGCAAGUUAUCAAAUCUUAAACUCACUUAUAAUCGUCUAGAAACAUACAAAUUCGAUUGA